AGAACAGUCCUCCUGCUUCAUUGAGGUGGGUUUAGGUUUUUGAUGGAGCACUUGCGGAUCAUAGUGCAAGCUCCACUGACACCGAUUUCCCGUGGAUCAAUGGCGCGGUGAAGGAACUUAUGGGUUGUGCUACCUCACCGCAGUUGCGAUAAGCGAGCUUCUUUUUGCAGUGUAGAGGUCGUUUCAAGGAGGAGAAUCGGCAGCUUUGAUGAUGUCAAUUGGAGUCGGAGAGAAGGGGAAUUGAGGUUCAAGGAGUAUAGAGAGGGUGUUGAAGUCAUGGCCCGUUUUGCUGCUCUCUCUGUGUUGGUGCUCCUCGCGGCUGCAACCUUGGUGGGAGUGCAAGGUCAGGGGGAGAAGACGAUUAGCAACAAAGGAUGGCAGGCACGACCCCGCAAGCCUCCGUCAGUGUUGUCCCUCUUUAACAUGAAGGUCAAAAGCAAAUUUUGGAAUGAGAAUGUCAUGUCCCAUGUGAAUGAAGAUUGGGAAGUUUCGAAGGAGAUCAGCAGGGAAGCGAAGGCUAAUUACACCAAGGCAGGAUUUUUGGGAUAUUAUUUGAAUCUGGAAGAAAUCGAUGCACUUCACAUUCCUGUCCCUGUCAACCUCAUUUUUGUGGGGUUCAAUGGCGACGGAAAUCAAGCCAUCAAGUUGGGACAGGCGGAGUUGGAGAGGUGGUUCUCAAACCUCGAUCACUUGAUGGAGCAUACUCGUGUGCCACAAUUAGGAGAGUCGUUGACACCCUUCUACCGUUUGAAGGGAGAUGGGGCACAAAGGCAUCAUCUUCCCCUAGUUAGCAAUGUCCACUACAACUACUCGAUGCACUCCAUUGAAAUGAAUGCUGGAGUGACCCAAGUCUUUGAGAGGGCGAUCGCAGCUCUGUCGCGAAGGGAAGAUCCAACCGAUACGAAGAAUGACACGGAUGUGAUGUGGCAAGUGGAUAUGGAUGGCAUGUCGCACAUCUUUUCUAGUUUCAUAAGCUUCCUUCAGCUGGACGAUGCCUACAACAUCAUAAUACUAAACCCUAAACGAAAUGCAACACGUGCUAAUUAUGGUUAUAGACGAGGGCUAUCCGAAGAGGAGCUUCGGCUUUUAGAAAAUGAUGGAGACGCCAAGAUGAAAGUUUUUCAGUCUAAAGGACUUCGCGUCAUUAAUCCUCUAGAAAAGGAUAGAUAUCAAAAGCCUCUAUAUGCACGACACCCUAUGAUGAAGUUUGCAUGGACGACAGCUGACUACAAAGACACGGGGCACUGGGUGGAUGCAUACAAUAACGCUCUUACUGAGGUGGAAAAGGAUUUACACGGCAAGUCAGCUGUGGAUACCAUGAUCCACACCGCUCAAAAGAUACUGGCUGGACGGAGUGGAGAAGGUAAUGGUCUCUUUCGAGCACUGAAGGAUGCGAAGCCAACGAACUUGCAAGCAGACUGUUUAGUGAAUACUUGGGUGGGAAAGGAAAGGUGGGCUUUCUUAGACCUCACAGCAGCUCCUUUUACUUGGGGUUCCACUGUUGGCGGAGAAGGAGUUCGUGUGGAACGCAGCUUGCCGUCUGUUGAUGAAAGUUUUGGACCCCAUUCUACGGAAUACAAUGGUGCAACAGAAGAACAGGUGCAAGAGGAUUUGCAGAACAUGGUUCAUGACCGUUUCACUGUCUUCGAAGAAAAAGAGGAUCCUCAGCAGCAUGCUGUCGAUAUGCUUCUAGCGGAAAUCGAUGUUUAUGAAAUGUUUUACUUCAAGCACUGCCAGGGCCGCAAAGUCCACCUUGCCUUGUGUGAAGAGCUUCGCGAGAGGAUGGAUGAUGUUAAAGUAGAGUUGUCAAGCUUCAGUGAAGAGCUCCCAGACGAAUCUCAGAGGACCAAAGCAUCUGCUGCACUGAAGCGUAUUGAAGAAUGGAACUUGUUUUCAGCUCCUACCUUGAAGCCUGAAGCCUUCUCGCUUUCACGAGAUACGUUUUUGGCACACCUUGCUUCAACUUUGUCUGGAUCAAUGAAGCACCUCAUCACCCCGUCAACAGCUGAUGGUGCAUUUCAUUAUUAUGAAAAGAUUGUUUUCCAGAUUUAUAUUAUCACUCAAGAGAAAUUGAAGAACGCAAUGUCGGUGCCAGUGGAUGUUGAAGCGCUUGUAGGAUCUCUGAAAGAGCUGAUUGUACCUCCUCAGAGGGUUGCGUUCAGUGUAAAGAAAGUAGUGCUUUCAGAUGAUCCUGCUUUGGCUAUGGCCUUCUCUGUUGCACGACGUGCUGCUGCAGUCCCAGUUUUGUUGGUAGAUGGAACCUAUCGGGCUUCAAAUCGUGUAUAUCUUGAUUCUCUUCUUCUUCAAGCGCAGUUACAACGUCUCAAUGAGUUUGCGACUACCUCAGACCUCAAUACGCAGGGACGGGCGUCCUUAGAAGUACCUAUAUUCUGGUUUGUGCGAUCAGGUGAGGAGCCAUUAUUCAUAGAUAAACAUUACGUGGCGAAGGCCUUGCCGGAUAUGGUUUUCGUCGUACAAUCUAACCAAUCAAAAUGGGAGAGUCACUUGCAGUGCAACAGCAAAGUUGUACAUUGGGACCUCAACCGACCAAUAAAGGCAGCUGUGGCAGCUGUGGCCGAGCACCUUGCAGGAUUGGUCGAGACUCAGCUCACUUAUAGUCAUGCUCAUCAGAAUACUGCUCAGGACUGGACGUGGGUAGCAGGUUCACACGUACUUUCCUGUACGGCCAAAGGCUAUGAGGUUUCAAGUUUUCAAACUGACGCUAUCGCUCGGAGCUACAUGGUUACUGCGUUGGAUGAGUCAAUCGAAAUACUAAAUGCAGGAAUAAGUCUUUUAAGCAAGGAGGGAACUUAUGAAAAAACUUUCGCAGUGGUGAAAUCACGUCAAACGAAAUUAUUGAGACAUUAUCAGUCCGUUGUUCAUCUAUGGAGACGGAUCGCAAGUUUGGCUGAAACUCUUCGCUAUGGUGAAGUGGUGAAGCUUCUGACUUAUCUGGAACGGGAUGCAAAAGACUUUUACAUGGAGGCAAACGAAACCGUGGCUGCUAUGCAUCCCAUCAAAUGCUUGAAGGAGAGGAAAGUGGAUGUGGAUUUUGACUGGUCAAAGGUGUUGGCUGGGGUUGUAGUAGUAGUGGUUGUGUUGUGGUUGCUCCUGCGGAGGAGGAGGCCCAAACCGAAAAUUAACUAGAAGCUCAUCAGCACAGUUGUCACUGGUACUUAGCAGUUCACAAUUCUGUUGUAUGUACAUUCAAAAUAGUCACUUACACGAGUCAUUAUGCUGCCUUGAAAUCUGAA